GUGCCACCUACCGACGGUGGCUCAGUCCAUGCCUUUUAAAGGGUCCGCUCGGCUCCGCCUCCAUUGACUGAUGCCUUAGUGGUCCAGCCUCCGUUCUUACUUACCCGGGACCCCGCCUCCCUUCAACGGACUCUCGCACAUACGCUACUGGCACGGGAUGGCGGAAGGGACCGGUAGAGGAUUUAGCAAUUCACGUUGCCUUGGUUGCUGUUGUGGGACGGGGCCUGUUUUUUGCAUAUUGCUGUGCCUCGGUCAGCCCGCUUGGGCACUGUGGCUAGCGGCAGUGCGGCCCGAAGAUACAGGGGACGGGGUCUCAGUAAAUGGAGGGAUGUUGAGGGUUCCAGAAGGAGCACGGGUACAGCUGCGGCUUUUCGUAUCUAGGCAGCCACUUAAUAGUAGUAUAGGAGCCACUGUAAAGCCACUGGAAGACAACUGGAGCCCUUCACCUUGGUUGUCAUUUAUCGAAGAGGGCUCCCAGUUGUGGCAAGAGGGCUCCAGGGGUCAGCAGAACCCAUGCCAAGAUGAAGGUGCUUGGGCCACUGAUAUCCAGCUGCUUGGUCCUGUACAACCACUUUGGGGCCAAAGCUCUCUUGUGGUGGAGCUGCUUAUUAAAAAACUGCGGAAAGGGGAGAAAAUUAAAUAUUUUUCUGUCUGUGCAUAUGAAGGGACAAAAUGGGAGCACUACCAGAGCAAGGACUUUUUAAUAGUAGUAGUAGAACGAUCCUCUGGCAUCACUCUGUGGGUCCAGGUGCUUCUCUUUGUAGUUCUUCUUGGUUUGUCUUCUCUGUUGACUGGGCUAAACUUGAGUCUUUUGGCUCUGGACCCAGUGGAGCUCAGAGUGAUUCAGAACAGUGGCACAGAAAAGGAGAAGGAAUAUGCCAAGAGAAUUGAAUCUGUUCGUAGACAUGGUAGCUUUUUGCUGUGCACACUGCUCUUAGGCAAAGUUCUUGUCAAUGUUACUCUGGCUGUUUGGCUUUCAGAAAUAUUUGGUGGCUCCUGGGUUGCAAUACUGAUUUGUACGGCUUGCAUUUUCAUACUGGCUGAGAUCAUUCCAUACUCAUUAUGUUCUCGACAUGGGCUGGCAAUUGCUUCUAAGACAAUUUGGGUGACUAGAUUCUUCAUGGCUAUAAGCUCUCCGCUGUCUUAUCCCAUCAGUAAGAUUCUAGAUGGAAUACUGCAUCAAGAAAUCAGCACAUUUUAUACACGUGAAAAGUUGCUGGAAAUGUUGAGGGUCACAGAUCCUUAUAAUGAUUUAGUCAAGGAGGAGCUAAACAUAAUCCAGGGAGCACUAGAGCUGCGGACCAAGGUAGUGGAAGAUGUCAUGACCCCUCUGAAUGACUGCUUCAUGCUGAGCUCUGAUGUUGUUCUGGACUUCAACACAAUGACAGACAUUAUGCAGAGUGGAUACACUCGUAUCCCAGUAUAUGAGAAUGAUAGGUCAAACAUCAUAGAUAUCUUGUUUGUCAAAGAUCUGGCAUUUGUAGACCCUGAUGAUUGCACCCCCUUGAAAACAGUAACUAAGUUCUACAACCAUUCACUGCAUUAUGUGUUUAAUGAUACAAAACUGGACGCAGUACUUGAGGAGUUCAAAAAGGGGAAAUCCCAUCUGGCGAUUGUCCAGCGAGUUAACAAUGAAGGGGAAGGAGAUCCAUUUUAUGAAGUUCUAGGAAUUCUUACUUUAGAGGACAUCAUUGAAGAGAUAAUAAAAUCAGAGAUCUUGGAUGAGACUGAUUUAUACACUGACAACAGGACAAAGAAGAGGACUACACACAGUGAGCACAGACAGCAAGAUUUUUCUGCCUUCAAGCUCUCGGAGAAUGAGAUGAGAGUAAAAAUCUCUCCACAGCUUCUAUUGGCUGCCCAUCGCUUCCUGGCAACAGAGGUGGAACCCUUUAAGCAAUCCUAUAUGUCUGAGAAGAUCCUUCUGAGAUUGCUGAAACACCACAAUGUUAUUCAGGAACUUAAGUUUGAUGAAAAAGAGAGGAAGACUUCAGAGUAUGUCCUAUACCAGAGAAACAAGCCUGUGGACUACUUUGUACUCAUACUUCAGGGAAAGGUUGAAGUUGAAAUUGGUAAGGAAGGCCUGAGAUUUGAGAAUGGUGCCUUCAGUUAUUAUGGAGUUCCAGCAAUCGUAACUAGCUUGUCGUCAGUGCCUGUUUCUGUUUCUCGAAACUUCGCUUUCAGCAGAGGUGAAUCACUUGCAGGUUCUCCAGUCCACAGAUCUCCUUCUAGGGGUAGCAGCCUGAACCGAUCAGAGUCCAUGAACAGAGAACGUACUGACUGUGGUGGCAGUGCCAGUCAACUGAAUUGCACCAGCAACAACAUGUAUGUGCCGGAUUACAGUGUAAAGAUCAUCUCCAAUGUACAGAUAAUUAAGAUCACAAGGCACCAGUACCAGAAUGCACUUACAGCAUCUCGCAUGGACAGUUCUCCCCAUUCACCAGAUGCCGGACUCGUCACUAGCCAGUUGUCACCUGCAGAAGUGACUCAGAGAACUAUGACAGGUAGUCCUGAGAUGGAAACAAUUGCCACCACCGCUCUUCGCAAUGAGAAGAACCUCAUUAUCCGUAGCAAUUCCGAAGGAACAAAGAGUCCCAGUGACUCAGUUUUUCUACGAAUGGAUGACAUCCCUUACAUCAAGGAAGAUCUGGCAGAUGUCAGUGAGAAAGAAAAUCGUGAAAAUGAAUUUUUUUCUUCUACAUGCUGGAAGCGAAAUGGAAACAGCUGCACUUUAACUACAGAGAUUGCAUCAUCAAAUCUGGACUUGAGAACCAGUUCUUCACAAAGCAGUUCAGAGGAAACACUGGGGAAGAAACUCCUGCACAAACUGAGUGGUAGGAAGAGGAAGAAGUCUCAAGGUGCUGAGAGAAGUCCAGAUGAAAACCCUUCACUCUUAACUUUAAUUACAUAAGACCUGAACUCUUCGGGUUCUGGUACAAAAACAAAAUAUGAACAGUGGAGAUCAGAGGCGAGCAUUAUAUGACUACCUUUUCAGAAGCAGUCGGAAAUGCCUGUAGCUACAUAAUACUACAGCAUCUUUCUUCAGUCAACUGGAAAAAUAUGUAGCAUCUGUGACUGCAGUGUCUCUGCAUGAGCAUUCGGAAAACCGUGUUCUUUCAGGAUUUAUAGGAAAUUCUCCUAACUUUUUAACUACUUUGUAUUCCAAGGAUGAGUCAUUAAAUGCUCUGAAGCCUUUUUCUGGGGUCAUUCAGAAGUUUCAUUACAUAACUGAAGUGCCCACUGGUAAUUAAAUGUCAGCAGGUCUCUUGCUGUUCCAUCUUUAAUAAAAAAAUCAGAAAUCCUAACCGAAUAUCACUGCAUGUUAUCCAGGAAACAGCCAGAAAUGUCAGCAGGGCAUCCUUCUUCCACUCCAUGUCCGUACAAAUCAUUAUCUGGGGUGAAUAUUCUACCCUCCAUACAAGGAUGUACUACCUCUUGAAAUCAACAUUUGCUAUAUUAACUUUAGACCAUAUUGAUAAUUUCCCAUUUUUAGUGGGCUUUGAUAAUAUUUUUAUCUGGUAAGGCUUUAGUGCUGAAUGUAGUACCCUCAAGUAUUAUAAUCAUAAAUCAGGGUAUUAAGCAGUUGUGCUGUACUGGGCAUGUGCUAUAGAUUAUUUGCGAUCUCUAUACUUCUGCAUGGGUUCCAUAACAUCUGCAAGUAUUUGACCAAAUUCAGUUUGUUUGCUAGGCACUUUUUUUUGUUUUUCUGUUCUGUUAAUUUCCUCUGCUCGAUAAAUACAACACAGAAAGAAAUCAGAUUAAAUGUAUUUGCUAAAUUUC